AUGUCUAUCACCGCCGACGGCAUCUACGCCGCUCUGCCCACGACCACCAGAGGCCAACCUACGCCUCUGUCAGCCGACUCGAAAGGCGAACGAAUAGCCUAUGCCUCCAACAAAUCCAUCUUCCUGCGGUCCAUCGACAGCCCUGCCAUUUCCACUCAGUACACGCAACACACAGCCACUACAUCUGUCGCUCGAUUCUCUCCGUCCGGGUUCUACGUCGCUUCGGGAGACGCUUCCGGCAUCGUGAGGGUGUGGGACAGUUCUCCCAAUGGCUCUGGAGUCACCAAGGGGGAAUAUGCUAUUAUAUCUGGUCGCAUCAACGACAUUGCGUGGGACGGUGACAGCCAGCGUAUAAUCGCUGUGGGCGACGGGAAGCAACGGUACGGGCAUUGCAUCACUGCAGACUCGGGUAAUACCGUGGGCGAAAUAAGCGGACAUUCUGCACAGGUCAGUGCUGUGAGUAUACGACAACAGCGACCCUUGAGAGCAGCUACAGCAGGCGAUGACAAGAAUCUGGUCUUCUACCAUGGAGCACCAUUCAAAUUCAAUGGCAUUCCUGGUCGAGGGAAUCACACGAACUUCGUUUAUGGCGUGGCCUUCUCGCCAGAUGGGAACCAUUUACUAAGUGUCGGGGGCGACAAGAAGAUCUUCGUCUAUGACGGGAAAUCAGGAGAGGUCAAGACCGAGAUCAGCGACGGCGCAGAGGGCCACAAUGGAAGUAUUUUCGGUGUGUCGUGGUCCAAGGAUUCAAAGAACUUCGUCACCUGCUCUGCUGACCGGACCGUUAAAACCUGGGACGUCGAGGCCGGCAGGGUAACUCAGACCUGGUCGCUCAGCGAUACUGUCAAUGUUUCUGAUCAGCAGGUCGGCGUCGUUUGGCCUGCGGGUAGAUCGGACGGUCUGAUCAUCUCGCUUUCCCUCAGUGGACAGCUAAACUACCUGAAUACCAACUCCGGGACACCAACCAAAGUCAUUUCAGGCCAUCAGAAGAACAUCACCGCACUGGCGACAUCGGGCGAGGGAGCGUCUACAACACUAUGGACCGGUAGCGCCGAAGGCCGCAUAGUGUCAUGGGAUGCCGCAAACGGGACAGCGGAGACAGUCGACGGUGAAGGGCAUACUAACAUCGUCUCGGGCGUGGCGGUUUCUACCGCAGACAAACACCCCCAAAUCUACUCCGUUGGCUGGGAUGACACCCUUCGAACUGUCGACGCCGGCGCAAAGACGUUCACCGGAAAGCCAGUAUCCCUCUCAUCGCAGCCUAAAGCCAUAACGACCGUGGACGGACUGGUCGUCGUUGCACAGCUCGAAAGUGUCAUUGUGUACUGCGACAGUGAGGAAGACGGCGAGCUCCCGCUCAAAUCGACACCCACCUCGCUUGCCUCGUCCGGCAGCACAGUUGCCAUCGGCUCGCAAGAUUCCAGCCUGCGGUUAUUCUCCGUGGUGCCGGGCAAAGCACCCAAGCAAAUUACGGUGGUGGAGCAAGUCUCUGCGACACCACUAACCGCGAUCUCCUUCUCCGCCGACGGCACUCUGGUCGCGACAGGAACGGCCGCAGGCAAGAUUUUCGUGUACAAGGUCGCCGGUGGUGGACUGACAGGUCUCAUGACCGGUGCGGCGUCGCUGGAGCUGGUGACUGAUCGCUGGAGCGCGCAUACGGGGAAGAUCACGGCCAUCGCGUGGAACCCUGAGGGCACGGGAGCUGUCUCCGGCAGUUUAGAUACCAAUCUCUUUGUCUGGAGUCUCAAAGAGCCGGGUAAGCGUACCAAGGAGACCAACGCUCACAAGGAAGGUGUCAAUGGUGUCGUUUGGGUGGGUGAUACUGUUUACAGUACCGGUGCUGAUGCUGCAGUUAAGAAGUGGAAGGUCAAGAUCGCUUGA